UCUACCUUACUUGGAAGUAAUGUUAUUACUCCAGCCCACUGAGAAAUCAUUCCAGCCCCUGAUAUCGUUUUAUUUAUUUGUUUGUUUAUUUUUCAUAAGUGAGAGCAACUUGAGACACUGGGGCAACACAGUGGUGGGAAAACCAGGCAGAAAAUUUGUGCGUAGUAAGAGGAAUCCUGUCAACCUGCAGGCACUGCGUCCCACCAGGGGGCUAGAGGGAUCCUUGGAGGGAGGAUGGGGUCCACAGGCAAAAGCACUUCCUCCGAAAGCAAUUGUGAGCCUAGUCUUCCGGCUCCCAUCCCCAGGCACGUGCAUGAGCACUUCCGGGUGGCAUCUUGAGGCACCUGCACAAGCACUUCCAGGUCACACAAGCAACUGGCGUUACUGACUCUCCUACUGGCAGCUGUUGGAGCCCAAGCCGAUGGCGUCUAGGUAUGACCGAGCAAUCACUGUCUUCUCCCCGGACGGACACCUUUUCCAGGUGGAAUAUGCCCAGGAAGCGGUGAAGAAAGGAUCCACAGCGGUUGGAAUUCGAGGAACUGACAUAGUUGUGCUCGGGGUAGAAAAAAAAUCAGUAGCCAAGCUACAAGAUGAAAGAACUGUGAGGAAAAUUUGUGCCCUUGAUGACCACGUGUGCAUGGCUUUUGCAGGACUGACUGCUGAUGCUAGAGUUGUAAUAAAUAGAGCCCGUGUGGAAUGCCAGAGUCAUAAACUUACAGUUGAGGACCCAGUCACUGUAGAAUAUAUAACUCGCUUCAUUGCAACCUUAAAGCAGAAAUAUACUCAAAGCAAUGGACGAAGACCUUUUGGUAUUUCUGCCUUAAUUGUAGGUUUUGAUGAUGAUGGUAUCCCAAGAUUAUAUCAGACUGAUCCCUCUGGUACAUAUCAUGCUUGGAAGGCAAAUGCAAUAGGACGAAGUGCUAAAACUGUUCGUGAAUUUCUUGAAAAGAAUUACACAGAAGAUGCUAUAGCAAGUGAUAAUGAAGCUAUCAAAUUAGCAAUAAGAUCUUUGCUAGAAGUUGUCCAGUCUGGUGGAAAAAAUAUUGAGCUUGCUAUAAUAAGAAGAAAUCAACCUUUGAAGAUGUUUAGUGCCAAAGAAAUUGAAUUACAAGUAACUGCAAUAGAAAAGGAGAAAGAUGAAGUGGAGAAGAAAAAAUCAAAGAAGACUUCUUAA